CAGCAUCACAUAGUUAGAGAUACGAGUGAAGGAUACGCACGUUUUCUGAAUCUCCCCUAAAAGUGAGAAAAAAAGAAAAAAUCUUGAUUAAUUUCCCGAAAUUUCAAUCUCGACUUUUCCAACCCCUUCGUGAGUUGAAAAGUGCGUCAGUUACGGGGUUUUAGUGACUGAUAAGACACAACGUAAAGGGAAAGGGUCACUACCCUCCUUUCGGCACCCUCCGGCUUUUAGUGACAACAAAUUUCCCGAAGCAAGCGACCAUGUUAGAUCAGCAUUUCCACAUUUAACCUAUAAAAAAUACCCACCUCGCGAUUUUAUUUGUGCAGCGAUUCUCGAGGAAUUGUGAUAUCGCUUGUUUUUAAAGUGUUUUGGAUUUUGUGAGGUGGCAAGAAAUGUGCUCUGUUCGUGAAAAGUGAUUUUGGUGUAAGGGCAGAUAAGUGAAAGGAAAUAAAGUGGUGAUAAGGCAAGCCCCUUAGGGAUGAUGUACAGGUGUCGUCAGGAGGUGGGGUUGAGGAGUUUUUGCUAACAGCACGCUGCUGGACCCACACCGCUCCGGCGGAAACAAUUGGUGAAAGGGAAAGGUAGAGUGAUAUGUUAACCGAAGACAAUGACCCGACCAAACCGGCAGGGAUUUUAGAUAAUGCAGGCAACGUGUCUUCGUCGACGGAGGCCUCAAUACAGCACCCUCGUACAGCAAACAAUGAAACCGAGGUUAAAAAUGAAGUACAAGACUGUUCAGAAAAUGACAAUGUGCCCAGUGGCGAAUUGUACAUCGACGAAAACGCAGAGGAGAAGGAAGAGUACCCGGAUUCAAUGGAAAAGACGGACUACGGCUCGCUUUAUGGUGCCAAUCAAUAUUACAAUAGCCUAUACAAUUCACCGUCCUAUGGAUCAACGACGGUAUCAAAAAGCUCGUCAGCUUUGCCAAGUCCGUAUUUAAAUUCCUACACUAAUCCGAGCUCGAUGACCCAAUAUUCGCCAUAUAGUUACAACAGUGGGUCAACCACGUUUCCUACAAUGGCUCAAAAUAUAUCUUCUGCAUCUCAGAAACUGGAUUAUACGGCCUAUAGUAGUCCAAUUUACGGAAACGACAGGGUAUUGCAAUAUUCUGGAUACUAUCCAGUCGCCGGUUAUCAUCCGGCACCAACUUCCUUCAACAUCGGCAAUCUUAAUUUUGCAGAUUCAACGAAGUCGGCCCUCACGUUGGACGCGACCUCACACGAUGCGAGUGACUUGACCGCACGGGAAACCACGACCGUUGAAGUGACGGCGAAGCCCAUCAGACGAGGAAGGCGACAAAGUGGGAGCGGAAAUAGUAUCGGUUCUGCAGAAACCACGGAAGCCGGACCAAACCGGAUAUUCAUCUGGGACCUCGACGAAACCAUAGUUGUGUUCCACACUCUUCUUACUGGAUUGUAUGCCAAUAACCACGGCAAGGAUCCACUUCUGGUACAACAGGUGGCUGUCAGUAUGGAGGAAAUGAUCUUCAACCUUGCAGACACUCACUUGUUCUUUAAUGACCUUGAGGACUGCGACCAAGCGCACAUUGACGACGUCUCGUCCGACGAUAACGGACAAGACCUUGCGUCCUACAACUUUGCAACCGACGGCUUUCAAUGUUCCCCUGGGAAUAACGGUCUGUGCAUCGGUUCCACUGUCAGAGGCGGUGUGGAUUGGAUGCGAAAGCUGGCCUUUCGUUAUAGAAAAAUAAAAGAGAUUUACUGCAACUAUAGAAACAAUGUAGGAGGUCUUCUAGGUACAGAAAAGAGGGAACAGUGGUUACAAGUGCGAUCGGACAUAGAAGCACUUACUGAUAACUGGUUGACGAUGGCCAUCAAAUGUCUCACUCUAAUCAACAAAAGACACCAGCACGUCAAUAUUCUCGUCACUUCCACACAGUUGAUUCCCGCACUUUCCAAGAUUUUACUCUUUGGGAUUGGAGGGAUAUUUCCUAUCGAAAACAUCUACUCUGCAAGCAAAACUGGAAAGGAAAGUUGUUUUGGAAGAGUAAUUGCAAGAUUUGGUCGCAGAUGCACUUACGUGGUCGUUGGAGACAGUCCAGAUGAUGAAACAGCAGCCAGGGCCUACAAUUUUCCAUUUUGGAGGAUACAAAGUCACAAAGAUUUGCACGCACUCUACAAGGCUCUAGACAUGAGUUACCUUUAACCUGAAACUUCCAAGAAGUGGUAAAUAACAAAAAUUUUAAGUUUACUCUCGUGCAAUUCGCUGCGAAAAAGAAUCAUACUUUUUUUUCUAAGCGACCUCUCACUACAUUCCUGAUUAUUAGCGAGUAAGGAAGUGGAACGCAGUUUUCACAAGUGAUAGAAAAUGAAAGUACGCAUAAGAAGUUUUAUCUUCAGAGACAUUUUCGAAAGGGAAAUUUAGUAUUGCGUGUUUUAUGUACUUAAAUAGAACGAUUGAGAGCUUUUUUCAAUCUGGACCGAGUGUUAAAGUUCCAGGAAGUGUGUGAUUUUUCAACUUUAAUUAAAAAAUCUAUGUGUUUUAAUGAGAUUUCUCUUAGGCUGAAAAUUAUUAUUAUUAUUUAAAAUGUAUAUUUCUUGCUUUUGAAUCAUUUUUUAAAGUGUCGCGAAAUGAGAAUUGCAUUGUCAAAAAAGAGGAACCUUAACUCGGGAGCGAAGAAUUAGAAAAAAGUGAUUAUAGUGAUAUCUAAAUAUUUGUCGUUACUAGUUUAGUUUGGCAAUGUCUUCAGAAAAUGAGAAAAUUCUUUGUUUUUUUUUUUUUUUUUUUGAU